AUGAGUUCGUUAAUGAUUGCACCUCCAAAUUUGAGUUUGGACAGUACUGAUGCCGAGAAAAUACUAUCUACUCAAAAUGCUUCAAUGCUACUACAUCUUGAUUUGUCCACAUCAGAUAGGCUUCAGUUUGCAAAAGUAUUUGCUAUUAAAGGAAGAAAGCAAGCUGCACUCAGAGAAAUUGCCACUGCAUUAAAAUUAGCAUCGCUCAAAAAUAAGCCACAAACACUUUAUGAGGCUGCAACACUUUUGGGCUCUAUGGGACUUUCUGAACAAGCCCUUUAUUGCUGUUAUGAAGCAAAGGAACAAUUAAAAGCUGGACCACCAAAUAAACUGCUAGAGGUCACGUUUGAAUGUAUUAUUAAGCAAAUUACUGAAGAUAAGAUAAAUCCGUUUCAAGAGCAAACGGACAAACUGACUUUACUGAGAAAACGCGCACAAAAUGAAACUAGAUUACUUGAAAAACUAACAAAUAUUCUUGGGGAUUAUAGAUCCAUAAAUGAUAAUAGUUACGCCUCCAAUGUUGUCAAAUGGUAUGCCCAAUAUUUAAGUAUGGACUUGAAAAUGCAGCAGAUUAAAGAUGGUGCAACCUGGACGUUUUUGGAGAGGGAAUAUUUUGCAAAGCAGCUAGUUCUUAAUAUUUCUGAAUCAGUGACGUCAUCCGCCUUUUAUAGGAACAUUUUAAAUAGCUCUGAAUUGGAAGACAACAUGAUUCUUGUUCGUUAUGGCUUGUCCAUAUCAAAUUCAAAGGCUAAGUUGAUGGAGCAUGUCAACAAUCUCACUGAAUUGUUUAAUGAACUUUGCAGAAAUAAUAUUACGUUUCAAGAAAAGGUUUCUGCAUACUCAUUCGCUACUCAAAACUACUAUCUAAGAGGACUCAGGGAUUAUUAUAAUGGUGAUGUAAGUAAUGCUCUGAAUAGUUUUCAAAAGAUCAGUAAUUUUACGAUGGAAUGGUUUUUCAAUCAACAUAUAGGGGUAGGACUUUCAAGAGCAGAAAAAGAGGUUCAAUUUUCUGUAGAAGCAAUCUCGAUCAAAGUUGCCAGCUCCUCAGCAUGUUUCAUGUUAAUAUGCAUUCUUAAAAUGAUAAGGGGAAACAACUUAAAAGAGGAACUCGAUGGAUAUGAGAACUCGCUUGAGACAAUAUCGAAGACAAUUAAUUGUAUCAUAUACUGGAGCUCACAAGUUGGAAGUAGCUUCAAUCAUAUUGAAAGCUAUAUGGCUUUAGGUAAAGUUCACGAGCUUCUUGCCAUAUUGAAAUCAGAUGAGUUUCAUCUGCAAAACGAACUUUCUUCUUUUAGGCUGGCACUAAAUAAGGAUCACCUUGAAAAAGCCAUCUCCAGUUAUCAGGAUGCCUUAAGAUUCUGCUGCAAAGAUGAUCCUGCAAAGGUGAGACUUUACAAAAGAAUAUUAUGGGCAAUUCUUGCACAUGGUGGAUUGAAAAUGUCAGCCUUCUGGGUGCUGAAAUUUGUGACUGAUCUUUCUUCUCUUGAAAGUGACUGCUCUCUAAUUAGCCAUGAAGAUCAAACGUCUCUUAAUGAGGAUUAUUUCAUGCUUAAUUAUGAUGCUACAUCUAACGUCGAAGCCCUCACUUCAUUAAUUUAUCACCAGCGGACUUCCCUAAUGUCAAUCUGUCGAGCUACCAGUUGUAAGGAAAGUGGAUAUCACACAUCUCUUCCCGAAUUUUUGCUUGACCCAGGUUGCACGCAAAUGUACUCAAAAGAUGAAUCCCAGAAUGAAGCAUUUUCAUUGAUGAGUCCCACCUUCAAAGGAAUAUUAAAGCAUGGAAGUUAUGAAAGGGAGAAAAGGAACUUCAAUUUUACCAAUGACAUAAUGAAAGAUGCCGGAAUCGAUAAAAUGAGCAAGAAGGAUAAAAGUGGACGGAUUGCCAAUUUUAUGAAUACAUACUGCACAUGCAAAUGUCAAUAA